ACAUCAUGCUGCAGUCUCGUAUCAUUUGUUUGGGUGCUUGCGUGCUGGUAGUGUUGCUGAGCUUCGGCGUCCAAAUGGGUUCGGCCAUUAAAUGCUGGGAGUGUCGCUCCGAUUCCGAUCCAAAAUGUGCCGAUCCGUUCGACAAUAGCACACUUUCCAUCACGGACUGCAAACAGGUAGAGCAGAAAGAGCAUCUUCCCCUAGCACAGGCCACAAUGUGUCGCAAGAUUCGGCAGAAAGUGCACGGCGAGUGGCGCUACUUCCGCAGCUGUGCCUUUAUGGGCGAACCCGGCAUCGAGGGAGAUGAGCGAUUCUGUCUGAUGCGCAGCGGUACCUAUAAUAUCUUCAUGGAGUACUGUACCUGUAACAGCAAGGAUGGUUGCAAUACAGCUUCGUUACGUAGCCCAACUGUACUGCUGUUGCUAGGUGCGAUGGUAAUGCUUGUCCUACAGACGGUGCACGGCUUCCGUCGUGCAUAG